ACCGACUGAGGUGUCCGAGGGACCUUUACGGUCUCUCUCCAUCACCUUGAACACUGUUUAUGUGGCUGUGAUUCCUCCUCCUCUUUAUUGUUGUUCUCUCCUGGCUCCUAGGACAAAACUUAUGUAGCUGCUUCCUUAAUGCCUCUGUCGUGGCCAUUAACUAAGGUUUAAAAAAUGGCCGAAGAAGGCAAUGAUGAGACUAUGUUUAUUUGGUGUGAAGACUGUGGCCAGUACCAUGAUUCAGAGUGUCCUGAGCUGGGCCCAGUGGUGACAGUGAAAGACUCCUUUGUAUUGAGCAGAGCCAGGUCAUCUCUGCCUUCCAAUUUAGAGAUAAGACAGCUUGAAGACGGGACUGAAGGUGUAUUUGCUCUGACUCAGCUAGUGAAACGUACCCAGUUUGGCCCAUUUGAAUCCAAGAGAGUAGCCAAGCUGGAAAAAGAGUCAGUCUUUCCCUUAAAGGUGUUCCAGAAGGACGGGCCCCUAGUUUAUUGCGAUACCUCAAAUGAAGAUGAUUGCAAUUGGAUGAUGAUGGUGCGGCCAGCCACCGAGUAUGAACAUCAGAACCUGACUGCCUUCCAGCAUGACAAUGACAUUUACUUCACCACCUCCCGGGACAUCCCGCCCGGAACUGAGCUGCGAGUGUGGUAUGCAGCUUUCUACGCCAAAAAGAUGGAAAAGCCGGUGCUGAAGCAGGUCGCUAGUGUGGCCAAUGAUAUGUGCCUCGUAGUAAUGGAUUAUGAUAAAGAAGGAAACAGAAACUCAUCAAAGUCUUCAUCUGCUGUCUUUCCUCGUAAAAAAUCAAAGAAAUCCAGCAUACCAGUGGCUGAUACAGCAGUGAACACUCCAGAAGGCAGUGGAGCCGCAGAAGCAGAGCCCAAUCAGUGGACGUGUAAAGUGUGCUCAUCAACUUUCCAGGAGCCUCAGCUGCUCACCGAGCAUUUGCUGAGUCACCUGGAACAAGCCAAAGGUGCUCCCCAAACAAGCCCAGCUGAGGUUGUUGCAGAGAAAGCAGCAGAGGCUCCCCCUGCGGAUCAGCCCACGGUUUGCAGUAAAGCUGCUAGUGCCAGUGCAGACUCCCGAAGGAAAGCCAGGCGGGGAAGAAAGCCCAAAACAGCAAAAGCAGAAACGCCCCUUGCUGUUGUUGAAGAAAAAGAACCUGCAGUGGAACGUGUAGCUGAAAUUGUAACUGAGGUCCCACCCGAUGAGGUAGCCCUACCUUCAGCUGCAGAAGAGAGGAUUAUGGAAUUGGUUUUAGGGAAGAUGCCUAGCACCACAAAUAGCAUCAGUUCAGUGACAAAGUUUGCUCAUCACCAAAACACCAUGUCCCUCAAAAGAAGUUUAAUUCUCUCCAGUAGACACGGUAUCCGUCGGAAGCUGAUAAAGCAGCUCGGGGAGCACAAGCGAGUCUAUCAGUGCAGCAUCUGCAGUAAGAUCUUCCAGAACAGCAGCAACCUCAGCAGGCACAUCCGUUCUCAUGGUGACAAGCUGUUUAAAUGUGAGGAAUGCUCCAAGCUGUUCAGCCGUAAAGAGAGCUUGAAGCAGCACGUUUCAUACAAGCACAGCAGGAACGAGGUGGACAGUGAGUACAGGUACAAGUGCACCACAUGUGAAAAGGCCUUUCGGAUAGAGAGUGCAUUGGAGUUCCACAACUGCAGGACAGACGACAAGACAUUCCAGUGUGAGAUGUGUUUCAGAUUCUUUUCUACAAACAGCAAUCUGUCCAAACACAAGAAGAAGCAUGGAGAUAAGAAGUUUGCGUGUGAAAUCUGCAACAAGAUGUUCUACCGGAAGGAUGUCAUGCUGGACCAUCAAAGGCGACACUUGGAAGGGGUGAGGCGAGUGAAAAGAGAAGAGUUUGAGCACAGCACGGAAAACAUGGUUCGCUACAAGAAGGAACCCUCGGGAUGUCCCGUGUGUGGAAAGGUGUUUUCCUGUAGGAGCAAUAUGAAUAAACACCUUUUAACGCACGGAGACAAGAAGUACACCUGUGAAAUCUGUGGRCGUAAAUUCUUCCGGGUGGACGUGCUGAGAGAUCAUAUCCAUGUCCAUUUUAAGGACAUAGCACUAAUGGAUGAUCACCAGAGGGAAGAGUUCAUUGGUAAAAUUGGCAUCUCAUCAGAGGAGAAUGAUGACAACUCUGAUGAAAGUGCGGAUUCUGAGCCUCACAAGUAUAGCUGCAAAAGGUGCCAGUUAACUUUUGGCCGCGGGAAGGAGUACCUGAAGCACAUCAUGGACGUGCACAAGGAGAAGGGCUAUGGCUGCAGCAUCUGUAAUCGCCGUUUUGCCCUSAAGGCAACUUACCACGCUCACAUGGUCAUUCACCGGGAGAACCUGCCUGAUCCCAACGUGCAGAAAUACAUCCACCCGUGUGAAAUCUGUGGAAGAAUAUUUAACAGUAUAGGGAAUCUGGAAAGACAUAAGCUUAUACAUACAGGUGUAAAAAGCCAUGCUUGUGAGCAGUGUGGCAAAUCAUUCGCUAGAAAAGACAUGUUGAAAGAACACAUGCGAGUCCACGAUAACAUCAGGGAAUACCUGUGUGCAGAGUGUGGCAAAGGAAUGAAGACAAAACAUGCACUUCGGCACCAUAUGAAACUUCACAAGGGGAUUAAAGAAUAUGAAUGCAAGGAAUGUCACCGAAAAUUUGCACAGAAAGUGAAUAUGCUGAAGCAUUACAAAAGACACACAGGAAUCAAAGAUUUCAUGUGUGAGCUCUGUGGGAAGACUUUCAGUGAGAGAAACACAAUGGAGACUCAUAAGCUGAUCCAUACAGUAGGAAAACAGUGGACGUGUUCAGUGUGCGAUAAGAAGUAUGUCACUGAUUACAUGCUCCAGAAGCACAUCCAGCUCACUCAUGAUAAGGUGGAAGCCCAGAGCUGUCAGCUCUGCGGGACUAAGGUUUCUACCAGAGCAUCCAUGAGUCGACAUAUGAGGCGUAAGCACCCGGAGGUUCUUUCCGUGAGGAUCGAUGACUUGGAGCAACUGCCAGAAACCACCACCAUCGACGCCUCCUCCAUCGGCAUCGUUCAGCCGGAAUUAGCCUUGGAACAGGGAGAGUUACCGGAAGGUAAACAACAGAUGAAAGCUUCUAAACGCAGCCAGAAACGAAAGCAAAAGCCAGGUGAGGAGGAGGAAGCUCAAGUGCCUGAGGACCCUGCCUUCAGUGAAUACACAGAGAAGGAAACGGAAUUCACAGGAAAUGUUGGAGACGAGACUAAUUCCGCAGUGCAGAGCAUUCAGCAGGUGGUCGUGACCCUCGGCGACCCCAAYGUCACAGCCCCCUCCAGCUCCGUGGGGCUGACAAACAUCACCGUUACCCCCAUUACCACGGCAGCUGGGACCCAGUUCACAAACCUGCAGCCCGUGGCCGUGGGCCACCUGGCUGCACCCGAGCGCCAGCUCCAGCUGGACAACUCCAUCCUCACCGUGACGUUUGACACUGUCAGUGGCUCUGCGAUGCUGCACAACCGCCAGAAUGACAUUCAGCUCCAGCCGCAGCCCGAGGCCACCAACCCGCAGUCCGUGGCCCACUUCAUAAAUCUGACCACCUUGGUGAACUCCAUUGCUCCUCUAGGGAACCAGAUCACGGAACAGCAUCCUCUGACGUGGAGGGCAGUGCCUCAACCCGAUGUCUUGCAGCCCCAGGCGCAGCCGACGCAACAACAGUCAGGACAGCAGCAGGUUCAAACAGAGCAACAACAGAUGUAUAGCUACUAAUUUAUACUUGAAAAAAAAGAAUUUGGAAUGAACAGUACUCAGAGAAAAAACCCACAAACAUUUGGAACAUUUCUGAUAGGAUUGUUUGCUGGAUACCAAACAGAGAUGUGAAAAUGUUUAUACAAUGAAAUGUAAGCUAAAAUUGGUAGAGCACCCUGCAACACUCUAAUCUUGAGAUUCUCACAUUGUCUUUGGGCCUUGCACGGUCUUUAAAGAAAAGAAAAAAGAGAGAAAAAAAAAAGGUAAAAAUCAAAAUCUUGCCCAAAAUUAACACCCCCUUGCACUCUGUUUUGUGCGGUUAGAUUGAGCUAUGACAAGAGCAUCACCAUACAUCUCAACCAAAGCAGGGGAAUCCUAAACGACAAGGCAGUGAUGAUUUGCAAAACCUUUUCAGCCAUAACAUGUCACUUCUUUCAGUCUGGAAAUUAAAUACAGGACCUUGUUCACAGUGAGCUGGAAUGCACUUGUGGUCACCUUGCAGAGACUGAAAUGUAAAGACACGAAUGGGCAAAACAAUAAUGGUCUUGUUUUUUACUCUUCUUUAGGUCUUGUAUCUAACAACAUUGGUGAAGUUAGGUGGAGGUUGGGGCUUGGGGGUGGGGAUGAGUGUGAUGUGGAAGAAAAUGUACCCAAUUUCACAAACUGUCCAUUUUAGUGAUGGGGAAAAAACCCUGUACCCAUAACACAGCGUUAGUACUACUUGAAUCAGAUAGCUGGUCUGAUGCUAAAGCAACUUGAACGCUCCUCUAGGGGAGUUUGAUUCCAAACAGUCCAGAAGUGAAACCAGGAUGUGAUACAACUUUAUGUAAUUUUUUCAAAACUGCUCUUUCAAUAUUGCUUUUAGCUAAUAGGCCUGAAGAGCAAUCAGUCCCUUUUGAUCAAGUUCAGAAUGUGAAUUUUUAUCAAUUAGUCUUUCAUUGUGUAAUAAACAUUUGAGAAAGCAUUUUUACACACACAUAUAUAGCCUUUGUAUGUUGCUGUGUGUUCCUGGUGCGUAUUUGUGUAAAGAACACCGUUGCCAAUGCGAUCCGUUAUUUUUUUCAUCUCCACAUUGCUCUUUCUUGCAGAAAUAGUGUGUGCGUUUUGCUCCUGCUCUUUCUGAAAGCCACAGCCACGCACCAAGUGUGUGAAACACAGGGCAGAGCAGGGAGUCUCUAGGCGUGUGCCACGCGAGGGCAGUACGCGCUAGCGCA